GUGAUUCCUCUGAUCUCCUAAUCCUGUUUGGGAGCCUCCAGCCGGCUCAUUGAGCCCCUCUGAGAACAGUUCCUCAUGCGAGCCUGACUGCCAUGCCUGGGUGUUGACGCUUUCGGGUACAGCAGUUUAAAAUGGCAGAGAAAGGUGGAAAUGAAGAAGUAGUUAACUUGAACAGCUUCCGUAGUCACAGAGGAAAAGACUGGAUAAACCGCAGGGACGAGGGUCUUAUCAUGAUAUCAGAUUCCUCGGAUGAAGAAUUACCUUUGCUGCUGGAAACGCCAGCAGAGCAGCAGCGUGAGGAAGAUGACGAUGAUGUAGUCAUCUUGGUGGAGACCCCAAAGCAUCAGCAGCUCCUGCGUCCCAAUGUCAUCAGACCUGCUGCUCAAUGGCAGGGUGCAAACGCUGUGGGAGAGGGAGGAUCUAAAAAUGCUGUCGAGCCCUUGAGGGGCAUAUAUCUGCAAGAUGAGAACUCAGCUCUGCUGUGCCAGGGAGACCGGUAUAAUCCCAUGGUGGAGGGCAGUGCUGGACCAAGCAGGGAUGAGAAUAUGAACUUUGCCUUGCAGCAGCCCGGACCAUCUGAGCUUAAUGGCCCCAGGUUUGAACUUACAAGUAACCAGGAGCCUGGCCCAAGUUUGCUUCCAGCAAUAAAGCCGAGUCCACAGCCUGUUGUUAACAGAGGAAUCAUUAGCCUGGAGAAUGCAGAAGUUCCACCACAAGAGGAAGAAAAGGUGGAAGCCCAGGGAUGGCAAGGAGAGGACUUGGAGCCAGAGCAAAACCUCGGAGGAGCCGCUGCUGCAACUAUCACAGACCAGGAGAUCCGUGAGAACAGCCAGCUGGAUCACCCGUACUUCCAGCCGUUGGAAGGCGAGCCACAUGCUGUAGUAAAUGGUUGUGCUCCUCAGCAAGGGCAGCCUAAAGCAGACCCAGGAUCUUUGAGGGCAUAUGGAGAGGAGGCUCCUGGGCCAGCCUUCCCCCGACCUGAACCACAGCAGGAUGGGAUUCCAGGUCCUGCUUCGCCCCAGCCGGCGCAUCCACCGGAAGAGAUGGGUCAGCACGCAGCGAUAGACAAUGAACAGCCAGGUCCAGCGUUCCCAGCACAGGGCUCUCACGAACUUGGCUCUAGUAAUGUGCCAGAACAAGGAGCUGCUGGGCAGGACCAAGACCUCACGGCACUGCUCAUCAGAGAGACGGAAGCAAGAUUCCCAGAUGCGAAGAAGGAAUAUAUUGAAGAGCUAAUCAGCAUCAAGAACUGCUAUGACUUAAAUGUACUUUGUAACUUUCUUCUGGAAAAUCCAGAUUACCCAAAGAAGGAAGGCAGAGUGGUUUUAAAUCCCAGCAGCAGCCUGCUUGCAAGCCAAGAUGAGACAAAGGUGCCUAAAGUGGACUACUUCGACUUUUCCAAACUUGCCCCACUUGACCAGCGGUGCUUUAUUCAGGCAGCUGACCUCCUUAUGGCAGACUUCAAAAUGCUGAGCAGCCAAGACAUUAAGUGGGCACUACAUGAACUCAAGGGACACUAUGCAAUCACGCGAAAGGCCUUUUCAGAUGCCAUCAAAAAAUGGCAGGAGCUGUCUCCCGAAACCAGUGGGAAACGAAAAAGGAGGAAAGAAAUGAAUCAGUAUUCAUAUAUUGACUUCAAAUUUGAGCAAGGAGAUGUGAAAAUUGAGAAGCGCAUGUUCUUCCUGGAGAAUAAGAGACGGCACUGGAGGUCCUAUGACAAGCUCUCUCUUCUCCCACCAGUGCUACUGGAGCAGGAAUUCUAUGAGCAGAAAGUUAAAGAGAUGGCAGAGCACGCAGACUUUCUCCUUGCUCUGCAGAUGAAUGAGGAGCAAUAUCAGAAGGAUGGUCAGAUGAUAGAGUGCCGCUGCUGUUAUGGGGAGUUUGCGUUUGAAGAGCUAACUCAGUGUGCAGAUGGUCACUUGUUCUGCAAGGAGUGCCUAAUUAAAUAUGCUCAGGAGGCAGUCUUUGGCUCUGGGAAGUCAGAGCUCAGCUGCAUGGAAGGCAGUUGCACAUGUUCAUUCCCCACCAGCGAGCUGGAGAAAGUGCUUCCGGAGAACAUCCUCUGUAAAUACUAUGAGCGGAAAGCUGAGGAGGAGGUGGCUGCUGCCUGUGCAGAUGAGCUUGUCAGGUGUCCGUUCUGUAACUUCCCAGCUCUACUGGACAGCGAUGUGAAGCGAUUCAGCUGCCCUAAUCCCCGCUGCAGAAAGGAGACGUGUCGGAAGUGCCAGGGGCUGUGGAAGGAGCACAUGAACCUCACCUGCGAGCAGCUGGCUGAGAAGGAUGACAUCAAAUACAGGACAUCCAUAGAAGAGAAAAUGACAGCCGCCCGAAUUAGAAAAUGCCACAAGUGUGGGACUGGCCUAAUUAAAUCGGAGGGUUGCAACCGCAUGUCCUGCCGUUGCGGUGCUCAGAUGUGCUACCUCUGCCGGGCUGCCAUUAACGGGUAUGACCACUUCUGCCAACACCCCCGGUCGCCCGGGGCUCCCUGCCAGGACUGUGCAAAGUGCUCUCUCUGGACAGAUCCCACGGAAGAUGAUGAGAAGAUAAUCCAGGAGAUUCAGAAAGAGGCUGAAGAGGAGCAAAGGAAGAAAAAUGGAGAGAACAGCUUCAAGCGGAUCGGCCCUCCUGCGGAAAAGCCCAUGGAGAAAAUCCAGAGAAUUGAAGUCAUCCCCAGACCUGUUCCUCAGAACCUCCAUCAACCCCGGAUGCCCCCUUACCCCUUCGUGCACCCUCCCUUCCCGCUCCCUCCUGUCCGUCCCAUGUACAAUAACAUCCCCCUCAACAUCGGCCCUAUCCCUGCCCCCUACGUCCCCCCGUUGCCUAACAUGAGGGUGAACUAUGACUUUCCCCAGAUCAAUGUUCAGCUGGAGCACAACUUGCCUAUGCACUUUGGCCCUCAACCUCGACACCGGUUCUGACCUGGUGCAAACAGCACUUGGCGUAGAGUCACUGCAGG